GAAUACAGUUUUCAAACCUGGUGUGAAAUCAUCACCCAUGAGUCUCUCAAAUACUCUUUCCGUCAUAAUGAUAUCACCGAGCUUAUCUACAUUCCAUACAAUCACAUGCAAACCGCAGAGAGCCUCCAAAAAGAUUGGGUGCCUUUCCAAGACGAGGUAGUCGUGCGCUCGACUAAACGUCUACCCAUAAUCCACUCAGAGGAUCUGGACAGCGCACCUCGCCACCGAUUCCACAUCAUCGAUCCAUUUACUGGUUCUGACCCUCGCGAAAUAGUAUCCUUUCCGGAACGGAUUCCCCACCUUUUGGGUCGGUCAUACCGAGUGCUGAAGUCGAAGCUGCGAAAUGUCAGUCUACAGUCCCAAUUUACACCGUGGACCAUGACCUGCCUGGCCGCACCACCUUCGCCCCUUCGGAUGAUUCGAUUUGCCAUUGAGACUUCCUGCACCAUGGAUCCAUUCUUCAAGUUCAUUCGUACACUGCUAGAGGCCCUGAUGCACAUAGUGCGCAACGAGGAGAGUAAGGAGGCUCAGCACGGCUUAAAUCUUUCCAUGCGUGUCAACUUCACCGGAGGCAACCGAUGCGCAAAGUUGGUUGGCGCAGGCUCACUAAAUCCUACUGAGUCAUCGGAUGGUCGGCUCAUAGCACACAUCACCUUCGCUCACCUGAUGCGCGUCUGUAGCUCUGAGGAUUGGCGCAGUCUCGCCAAUCGUCUAAUUAACUUCACAUUCACCUUCAUUCCAAGAUCAACGUUGCACUGGAAAUCGGAGUGGCACAUACUUGAGGCAAGUCUUCUUUUCUGGUCUUAUUUAACAGCACAUCAUCAGCUAAGUAAUCUUGUACCUUAG